CGCAAAAUCUUAAACAGCGAGAAUGGUCUGUAACUUUGUUGAAUUUAAUUUUUGAUUCAGUUUAAGUUGAGAAGACAUAGGUAGACAAGAACGCAUAUCAUAAAUAAAGAGGUAUUCUACCCUAAACCUAAAGUGAAAAAAAUAAAAAUUCAUUCCAGAUUUUAUCAAAAUGGUUUUCUUAUCUCUGCCUAAUUUUAUUACUAAAACUGGAUAUGAUGUUCAAUUUAAGCGACAAAAGGUUCUUAAGUUGACAGCGAAAUAUUUUGGACGUAGGAGAAAUUGCUAUUCCAUCGCAAUUAAGUUUCUUCAAAAGGCUUUGAGAUAUGCAACUGCCACAAGGAAAGUCAAACCAGCAUAUGUGGGCCGACUGAGGGUUUCAAGAAUAGAUGCUGCCUGUCAAGAACUUAACACCGACUAUAGAAUUUUAUCCACUAAUUUAAUUAAGUGUAAUCUUGGUCUCAGGAACAAUGUUCUUCAAGAUUUAGCGAUUUGGGAACCACGAACAUUUAAGUGUUUGACAGAUAUUGCUGUGACAAAAAACAAGAUAGAGGCUCCAGAUCAUAUUAAGGACUUCUUAAAAAUGCCCGGAAAUGUCAUUACAAGAGGAAUGUUGUAAUUAAUUUUUUAAGAUCCAUUUUCAUUGUUACAUUCACAUAAGUGCAUUUUGCAUCCAUGCUGUAGAAAAUAAAAAAUUUAAUAAAUAUGUUGAGUAAGAAA